UUCAAUAUCAAAGUUAUUACAGCAUCUGAAUAUACUAGAAAACCAUGGCUCUCAAGGGCAACUUGGAGACUGUCCUGCAACUCAAGUCAAGUCCUGAGAAAUUCUUGAGUGUAUGGAAGGGCCAAGCCCACCAAGUUCCCAACCAUACUCCUACCAAUAUUCAAGGAGUUGAUGUCCAUGAGGGUGACUGGGUGACUUCUGGUUCCAUCAAGGUCUGGAAGUACACUGUAGAGCGAAAAUCUGAGGUCUUCAAAGAGAAGGUCAUAGUCGAUGAUGAGAAGAAGACGGUGACUCUUAUUGGUCUGGAAGGUGAUGUGUUCAAGAUUUACAAGGUGUAUAAUGUUAUUUGGCAACUCACACCCAAAGGCCAAGGGAGCUUGGCAACAAUUAUUCUUGAAUAUGAGAAGCUGAAUGAGAAUGUUCCUGCUCCUGAUAUAUACUUGGAUUUUGUGAUUAGGAUCACUAAAGAUAUUGAUGAAGGAAUCUCCAACGCAUAAAUGGAAGGAUACAGAGACAGGUUAAUAUCCUUUCAAAUUAAAUAAAUUUGGCUUCUGUCUUGUCUUAUAUAUGUAUACGUACAUAAAAGCUUAAGAAUGACCUGAGAUGAGGUUAUUGUGUGAGAGUUGUUAGUGUUUUCUAUAUUGUUUAUGGUUGUGUGGUCUA